AUGUCAAUAUUAAUACUAUAUGGAAGCGAAACGGGAACAGCUCAAGACACGGCGGAGGGACUUUGUCGCGAUGCUCAACUUCGAAAAGUCGCCGCUCGUGUCGUUAGUUUAGAUGAAUAUGACAUUGAUGUAAGAUUUUUCGAAGAUAUUUUUCCCACAAAAUUCCAUUUCAGAAUCUACCUUCGGAACGUGUCGUUUUUUUUGUAGUUUCCACGACAGGCCAAGGAGAGAUGCCGCCAAAUAUGAGGUCCUCUUGGCGACGACUUCUUCGAAAGUUUCUUCCUGCCGAUUGGCUCACUGAGGUGCUUUGCUAAAUUAUUGUUAUUUCAUCUUUCGUUUCUGAAAUUGAGGUAAAAAUGGCUGUUCUGGGACUUGGAGAUUCUUCUUACCAAAAAUACAAUUUUGCGGGUAAAAAAAUUUAUCGUCGACUUCUACAAUUAGGAGCUCAGAUGAUGGCUCCUCUGGGACUGGGUAAAUCUUUCAAAAUUUUCAUAUUCACAGGGAACGUCUGAAAGAUCUUCCAUAGACUCUUAAGCUACAGUAGUGUUGCAAGGCGCAGAAGUUUCGUGUCAAUUUUUUUUGUCAUCAAACAAAAAAAAAUAAAACAGGGAAUAUGGGUCGUCAAAAAGAAUAUAAAAGUUGAGUUCCAUUUCAUAUGGUUUAAAGUAAUCUGGAAUACCCAAAAAUAUAGAAAAGACCCACUUUCGAUUUGGCAUUGGAGUUGAGAGUUUCAGCUGAUGACCAGCAUGAAAUCGGAAUAGACGGCGCCUUGAUUCCAUGGAAGCAAACUGUAUGGCAAGAAUUAUACAAGUCAUGUUCAUUCAAAGUAAGUUUCGAUUUUUUUUUUUCUGGUAAUUGCUCUAGGAAAUGCUGGAAGAAGCUGAUACGAACAUUGUUAUUCCGCCAAAGUUCAAAAUAGUGAAAGCUGAGGCUCCGUUACCCGAGAGCUGUUCGAAAGACGGGAAAGAACAGGAUUAUUAUGAGCUAGAUGUUCUCUCCAAUGUCAGAGCCACUUCUGAGGAUCAUUUUCAGGUUGAAAAUAUUUUUUACUCUAAAAUCUUGAAUUUUUUCAGGAUACUAGACUUUUGCGAUUUCUCGUCCAUGACCAUCUCGCUGAUCGUUUCAAGUUUCCUCGCGAAGUUGUGACUUUAUCUUUUUUGGAUGUUUAGGUAUGAACCUGGAGACGUAUUAAUGGUUCGUCCCUACAAUAACGACGAAACUUUGUGUGUGGCGAUCGAGUCUCUGGGAUAUUCAGAUCAACUUCUUGACGAACCUAUCUAUUUGUGCAAGAACAGCGAGUUUGCUGUCCUUCCCCCGCCCUGGCUCCUAGGAGGUAGUUUGCCAAAUUUUCAGUGUUGAUUUUCCUUUUUUCGAGCCGACAACCCUUCGAACAUGUUUGCGAAGAUUCUUGGAUCUGCAACAAAUACCGAAAAGAUCUUUUUUCGAAGUUCUUGCCAGCAUCUCACAAAACGAAAUGGAAAAGAUGAGGCUUUCCGAACUAGGUAGCCCGCAUGGCCUAGUGAGUAUUUUUGGCUGCUCCGGUGGAUGAAUAGGGAAAGUAUCAGGAUGAUCUGUUGAACUAUUGCACAAGAGUGAGAAGAACCGUCGCCGAGACUUUGAGAGAUUUUCCUGAAACGGCCAAAAGCGUUGCACCUGGUUUUUGUUCCGUUCUCAUGAUGAACCUUUUUUUUUUUGCAGAACAUCUCUUCGAUUUCAUAUCACCUAUUAGACCACGUGCCUUCAGUAUUGCUUCGAGUCCAUCAAGGAAUCCUAAUGUUAUCGAACUCCUGGUAGCGAAGGUGAUGUUCCAGACGGAUCGAAUGAAUUUCAUUUUUUUUUUUCAGGUUGAUUACAAGUCUCGGAUGUCGGAAAGACGACGUGGCCUCUGUAGUACUUUUCUCGCAAACUUGAAAGCUCACGACAAAGUCGGUUUUUAGCUCAUUUUUCGAAUCAUCAACAACUAUGAUGCAGGUGUUUGGAAGAAUUCGCGGCGGCACGUUCAAAUUUCCUCUGCAUCUGACUCCUGUGAUUUGCGUGGGACCUGGCACAGGAGUCGCACCAUUUCGAAGCUUUUUGCAGUUUCGGGACGAACUGUGAGAAAACAGAAUAGAAGACGUGAUGUACUGGAGGUUUCAGCGGUGAAAGACAAAAUGCGCUUCUCUUUUUCGGAUGUCGAGGCGAACAAAAGGACUAUUAUUUCAAGGAAGAGUGGCUUUCCCUGAGGAAUGCCGAAGUGAUAACUGCUUUCAGCCGCGAUGCAGACUCCAAGGUGACGAAAGGAAUCAUUAGAGUCUCGAAAAGUUUUAUGUUAGGUUAUUUACUAAGUUCUUAUGCAUUUCCAGUUCGUUCACUUUUUUGCCUACAUUUUUUUGUCAAUUCAUACCAUAUUUCAUAGCAAAAAAAAAAGGUUCACCUGGUACUAUGCCGGACAAAUUACAAAAGAGUCUCCAUUCGGCUCAAAAGUUUGACCACAUUGAAGUGACCAGUUGUUAAAAAUGCUGCUUUCAGACUUUUUUGCAUAUUACUCCAAAAUUAAUGAAAUAAUAAUUCUACUGUUUAGCCCCGGAUCGUAACAUUCAGAGCAAAGCUUGUUCAUACAUGUUCAUUUCUUUUAAAAUGAGUAAUAAUUUAUUAUGGAAGCAUCGUUAAAAUCGCGUUUCUUCGUUCGUUUUUCGCCAUGCCGUUUGCCUGCGACAGCAUCUAACAUGAAAAGACAUUUAUAGUCAAUUCGGAAAUAAUGAAUUCGAACUCUAGAUUUGUUUUAUCGUAAACGUGCAAUAAAAACAUUUUAGUAAAAAAUUUAAAGUGACUCUGAUUCUCAAAAUAUUAAUUUAGUGUAAUUUAGAAAAGAUAAUGUUCUUCAUUCCCAUUCAGUAUGCCAAGCGUUUCAUUUUUUAUCUUGAUUAAUUUUACGAAUUUCAGGUUUAUGUGCAACAUAAAAUCUUGGAACUCGCUGAGAAGGUCUGGCAAAUAAUUGGAAAAGCAAAUGGUCAGCAAUAUGUAGUUGAAGUCGCAAAAACUUCAAUUUAGGCAUGGUUUUCAUCGCGGGAAGCUCUGGAGACAUGCCCAAAGCCGUGGUAAACGCUUUGAACGAGGUGGCGGCUUCUCACGGCGUUCCCGACUGGGUCGCCAAGGCAGAGGCAACCGGCAAAAUCCAGUACGAAACAUGGUCGUGA